AAUUUUUGCACUGUGAAUUUUUUAAAUGUUAUUUUUUCCUAAAUUUUGGCAUGAAACAUGGAACCCGGCAUCAUCCGAAAGCUCGACGAGUCAGUUGUGAACAAAAUUGCUGCUGGCGAAGUUAUAAUUCGUCCCUCGAAUGCCUUAAAAGAGCUGAUUGAGAACUGCAUCGACGCCAAGGCAAGUAGUAUCCAGAUAACGAUUCGCGGCGGCGGCAUUCAACUCCUGCAGAUACAAGACAACGGCACGGGCAUCCGAAAAGACGACUUGCCGAUCUUGUGUGAGCGAUUUACGACGUCCAAACUGAAAACCUUCGAUGAUUUGACGUCAAUUGCGACUUAUGGCUUCCGCGGUGAAGCCUUAUCGAGCAUCAGUCAGGUCUCGAUGUUGACUGUGACGACCAAAACUCGCGAUCAGCAAGUCGCGUACAAGGCAACUUAUGAAUUGGGGCUGCUGAAAGACGAGCCGAAAGCGUGUGCUGGCAAUCAAGGGACCACAAUAACGAUCGAAAAUUUGUUUUAUAACCUUCCGAGUCGCCUGCGAUCGAUUACGAAGGACAAAAGUACGGAAGAUAAAUUGUUGGCGGAAGUCGUGAGCAAGUAUGCCGUGCAUAAUUCGCACAUUGGCUUCUCGUUGAAGAUCAAUAAUGCCCAAAAUAGCAUCAAAACGCAACCGAAAAGUACUCAAGUGGCGGCAAUUCGAAAUUUAUACGGCGUUGAAAUUGCCAGAGAGCUUCUGGAAGUCUCCUUAGACGAUUCUAACCUCAAAUUCACGUGCAAAGGACUCAUUUCCAAGCCGAAUUUCUCCGUUAAAAAGACCAUAAUGCUCCUUUUCAUCAAUAAUCGUCUCGUAAUGUCAGCCGUUGUGAAGAAAAUGAUCGACGAAUUGUACUCUUCGUACCUCGAACGUGGCGGAAAACCUUUUAUCUACCUCUCAUUGAACGUGGAUCCAGCAAAUGUCGAUGUGAACAUCCAUCCUACGAAGAACGAAGUUUGUUUUUUGCACGAAGAAACGAUUGUGGCGAAGAUUCGGGCGCACUUGCAGCAACUUUUGCAGGGAAAAAGUGAGACAAAAGUCUAUUUAUCGCAAAGUAUUUUGCCGGGAGCGUCAAUUCCGGGCGAUGAGACCCUCAAUUCGAGUCAAUUCAACAAAAGUUUGGGCGAAAAAAGUGUAAGUUAUCCCAAACAAGUCGUUCGGACCGACACAAAUUUGCAAAAACUUGACAAAUUUUUCACGCAAUCAAGUGUGAGUAAUACGCCCGUUAGUCAAGAAAUGGAAGAAAUUGAUGAUGAGGAGAAUCGGGAGCCGAAUUGUACAGCGACAACGAUUAAAACAAGAACGAAAGUCGAGUUACGCAGUUUAGAGUUAUUGAAAGAAGAAAUUUUGGAGAAUUCUCUCCCUGAAUGGCGGAAAAUUUUUGAGGAAUUGGUUUUUGUGGGGCAUAUUGAUAGGGGAAAAGUUUUAAUUCAGCACAAUACGGAGCUCUAUCUUUGCAAAACGGAAGCUUUGUGCGAAGAACUUUUCAUCCAACAAGUCAUCAACAACAUUGAAAAUUUCGGAAUUCUUCAUGUUGAUCCAGCUCUAAGUCUCCAAAAACUCUCGUACAUCGCCUUGGAAGAACUCGAAGCUUCCGGAACCCAACCACAAACCACAUGCCAGAGUUUGCUCGAACAAUCUGAAGUCAUCGCAAAAACACUUGUCUCAAAAUCACAAAUUCUCGAAAAAUUCUUCAACAUUCACAUAACGCCAUCUGGCGAGUUAUUGUCCCUCCCCAUAAUUUUGGAACAACAUACCCCCGUGAUGGCUUAUUUGCCGAAUUUUAUCCUGAAUUUGGCUUUGUGUGUCGAUUGGGAUAACGAAAAGCUAUGUUUUGACACGUUUUCGAAAGUUACCGCCAAAUUUUAUGGCAAAAUUUGUCACAAAAUGGCGUUGAAAGAUUGGAAUUGGAUUGUCGAGCAUGUUUUGUAUGCAGGAUUAAAGCAAUAUUUGUUGCCAAAUCAAGAGUUAAUUGAUGCUGGAGCUAUUAUGAAAGUUACAAGCACGCAAGAAUUGUACAAAGUUUUUGAAAGAUGUUAAAUUUAAGUUUUUUUAUUGGUCGAUUAAAAGUUUAAAAAUUAAUGACAUAAUAA